UCAUUGGCUGUGCCAGCCGACGCUGUGGCAGCCCCAUGGGGAGGUGUGGGCUGUGAGGCACCUAGUCUCCGCAGCCCCCAGGACCGAGGCCUCUCUUCGCCAUGUGAAUGAACCACCUUCUAACAGAUCUCCAGCCUUGGUCAAGCCUGCAGAUGAGAUGACUGCCGAUCCUGGGGACACCUCUGCGCACCAGCUUGCCUGUUCCCACGCUCCUGAGCCUCAGAGACCGCCGGAGCCUCAACAGAAAGCUCCUUUAGUUCCUCCGCCUCCACCUCCUCCUCCACCACCACCACCACUGCCAGACCCUACUCCCCCGGAGCCAGAGGAGGAGAUCCUGGGAUCAGAUGAUGAGGAACAGGAGGAUCCUGCGGAUUACUGCAAAGGUGGCUAUCAUCCAGUGAAAAUUGGAGACCUCUUCAAUGGCCGAUACCAUGUUAUUAGAAAGCUAGGAUGGGGGCACUUCUCUACUGUCUGGCUGUGCUGGGAUAUGCAGGGGAAAAGAUUUGUUGCAAUGAAAGUUGUAAAAAGUGCCCAGCAUUACACAGAGACAGCCUUGGAUGAAAUAAAAUUGCUCAAAUGUGUUCGAGAAAGUGACCCCAGUGACCCAAACAAAGACAUGGUGGUCCAGCUUAUUGAUGACUUCAAGAUUUCAGGCAUGAAUGGAAUACAUGUGUGCAUGGUCUUUGAAGUGCUUGGCCACCAUCUCCUCAAGUGGAUCAUCAAAUCCAACUAUCAGGGUCUCCCAGUACGUUGUGUGAAGAGUAUCAUUCGACAGGUCCUCCAAGGUUUAGAUUAUCUACACAGUAAGUGCAAGAUCAUUCACACUGACAUAAAGCCGGAAAACAUCCUGAUGUGUGUGGAUGAUGCGUAUGUGAGAAGAAUGGCGGCUGAGGCCACGGAGUGGCAGAAAGCAGGUGCUCCUCCUCCUUCAGGGUCUGCAGUGAGUACGGCUCCACAGCAAAAACCUAUAGGAAAAAUAUCUAAAAACAAGAAGAAAAAGCUGAAAAAGAAACAGAAGAGGCAGGCCGAGUUGUUGGAGAAACGCCUGCAGGAGAUAGAAGAACUGGAGCGAGAAGCUGAAAGGAAAAUAAUAGAGGAGAACGUCAGCUCAGCUGCACCUUCCAAUGGACAAGAUGAUGAGUUUCACCCGGAGGUGAAGCUAAAAGCGGCAGGACUGGAGGAGACAGCAGAGGAAGAGACCACGAAGGACAAGGGUGAAGCUGAAGACCAGGAAGAGAAAGAAGACACUGAAAAAGAAAAUGUCGAAAAAGAUGAAGACGAUGUCGAUCAGGACCUUGGCAGCAUAGACCCUGCGUGGACUGAGUCCCCCAAAGCAAAUGGCCACAUUGGGAACGGCCCCUUCUCCCUGGAGCCGCAGCUGGACGAGGAGGAGGAGGACGACGAUGACUGCCCGAACCCUGCUGAGUACAGCCUGGAGGAGCCCAACGCAGACAGCGAUUACACCUACAGCAGCUCCUACGAACAGUUCAACGGUGAACUGCCAAACGGACAGCAUAAGAUGCCAGAGCCCCAGUUUCCAGAGUUUCCCACCUCCUUGUUUUCGGGGCCCUUGGAACCUGUGGCCUGCGGCUCUGUGCUUUCCGAUGGGUCACCACUUACCGAGCAGGAGGAAAGCAGUCCCUCCCAUGACAGAAGCAGGACGGUUUCAGCCUCCAGUACUGGGGAUUUGCCAAAAACAAAAACCCGGGCGGCCGACUUGUUGGUGAACCCCCUGGAUCCUCGGAAUGCAGAUAAAAUUAGAGUAAAAAUUGCUGACCUGGGAAAUGCUUGCUGGGUGCAUAAACACUUCACCGAGGACAUCCAAACGCGUCAGUACAGAUCCAUCGAGGUGCUGAUAGGAGCAGGCUACAGCACGCCUGCAGACAUCUGGAGCACAGCAUGCAUGGCAUUUGAGCUGGCCACUGGAGACUAUUUGUUUGAACCACAUUCCGGAGAAGACUAUUCCAGGGAUGAAGACCACAUAGCCCACAUCAUAGAGCUGCUAGGCAGUAUCCCAAGGCACUUUGCUCUAUCUGGAAAAUAUUCUCGGGAAUUCUUCAAUCGCAGAGAUCACAUAGCAUUGAUCAUUGAACUGCUGGGGAAAGUCCCUCGAAAAUACGCUAUGUUGGGGAAAUACUCCAAGGAGUUUUUCACCAGAAAAGGAGAACUGCGACACAUCACCAAGCUGAAGCCCUGGAGCCUCUUCGAUGUACUUGUGGAAAAGUAUGGCUGGCCGCAGGAAGACGCUGCGCAGUUCACGGAUUUCCUCAUCCCCAUGUUAGAAAUGGUUCCAGAGAAACGGGCCUCUGCUGGUGAAUGCCUUCGGCAUCCUUGGUUGAAUUCUUAGCAAAUCUACAGAUACACCAUUCAGAGCUAGCAAGUGUUUUCCAGUACACUGGACCUAAACGGUGACUCUCAUUCUUUAACAGGAUUACAAGUGAGCUGGCUUCCUCUUCAGACCUUUAUUUUGCGCUGAGGUACUGUUGUUUGAUAUUCUGCUCUGUGUGCACUGUGAUCCUGGGAAGGGUAGUCUUCUGUCUUCAGCUAAGUAGUUGACCAUUUUCUUCUGGAAACAAUAACAUGUCUCUAAGCAUUGUUUCUUGUGUUGUGUGGCAUUCAAAUGUCAUUUUUAUUUUGAAUGAAAAACUCUUUCCCCUUUGUGUUUUGGCAGGAUUUGUAACUAUUUAUGAAGAAAUAUUUUAGCUGAGUACUAUAUAAUUUACAAUCUUAAGAAAUUAUCAAGGUGGAACCAAGAAAUAGCAAGGAAAUGUACAAUGUUAUCCUCUGGCAAAGGGACAUCAUUCCUGUAUUAUAGUGUAUGUAAAUGCACCUUGUAAAUGUUGCUUUCCACUAAAUAUGGGGUGGGGACUCGAGUUUCAGAAAAGCUGCCCGGCGCCAAAUGUCCUGUAGCGGAGCUGCACAAGGCGGCCCGCUGCUCCAGGGCUGUGCACAUUUCUUCCUCGCAGUCCAUGUGCGGUGGCUCCGGGCUGCCAGAUGUUGCUCCCUGUGCGGCGCUUUACGGGAAGGAGACAGGCUUGCUCUAACACACACAAUAAGUCAGCAGUCCCAUUUGUAUUUUUGCAUAUUUUUAAGAGUACUUUUAAAGAAAAAAAGUGAUUUCCCUUUAAAAACGUGAUGGCCUGGUACCAUGUGGUGUUGCUUCCUCCGAGCACUGUAAGUUAAAUGUAUAGAUUAAAUUGGACAAGAGAAACAUGUUCAGUGUGUGGAAUGACUGUAUAUAUGUAUGUGUAUAUAUAUGUAUAUAUACACAUAUAUAUAUGAUCAUGUUUGUCUAAAACAUAAGGUACGUACAGUAUAUACAGCUGCAGUGCACUGAGCAAAGUCCUCCUCACAGCUCGAAGGUGACAGUGAUCACAUCCAUUCCAUAGGCAGCUUGAUGUGUGGCUACAUGAACUUUACCAGCUUUCUUGUCUUCUUUCCAUGAAUGAGAAAAUGAUUUUCCUUCUCUGGGUUGCACAGUUUUUGUUCUGCACUUCCUCAAAGUUAACUGUAGAAUCCAGGACACAAACCAUUAUUAGUAGGCAAUACAAUUUUAGACUAUAUGGAGGUAUGUAGCCUCUUUUAGAAGUCAGUGGAUUGAUUGUGUUUUUAUUUUAAAUUUUACAUUCAUUAAGGUGCCUCGUUUUUCCUGACUUUGUCCAUUAACAUUUAUCCACAUGCCUUUGCAAUAACUAGGUUGUGAAAAGCUAACAAGUAUUGUAACAAUAACCUAUUGUUUGAGGUGCUUGCAGUUGUCUUAAAAAUUAAAGUAUUUUGUUUUUCUCCCCCAGACAUUGCCUUGGUCUUUGCCCUGUAUUUGAAGGGAUAGAAUCAACGUGCGCUGGCUCAGUGUGUACUGUCACCAGAAGUAAAGGGAACAGCAGCGUCCCUGUGGCAGCAAGUGUAGUUGUAGAGUGUGAAUUAAGGUUUUUGGUAAGGACAUUAGUACAUGUUUUCUAAGGCCAGAAUGGAUUUAGGAAAGAGGUUAAUUCUAGAUACAUUAUCUAGAAUUUCAGUAAUUCUUUUUUAUCCAGGCUUCAUCAAAAACCAUUCUAAUUGCAUUUUGCUUGAGCUUUUCAAACAUUUUUAAAAACACCAUUCAUUCUGAGGGAACAAGACACAUACUCCUCCUAGGAAGUAGCAUUGUAUCACAUGUUUCUGUGAGGUAGAAUAUACCAUUCUAUUCUGAGAUGUGCAUGCUGUUUUCCUGAUGAGGCUUAGGUCUCUACGUCCGUUCUUUGACAGAAGUUGGUCAUAGGCCGGUGGUGCCAUGAUUUCCAUAGGACAUAUCCUUGCAAGAACUACAGAGUACGUUUAUAUCCCCCUGUGUCUAGAAUAAGUAUCAGAAUGAUUGUACACUUGACAAAUUUAUCUUAAGUUUCAGUUCAUAUUGGAAAAGAAACUAGAUGAUUAUUGUAUUAGGUACCAUGUGGCUUUUAGCGAUUCUUGGUGGCUGCUUUGUUAGAGAAUGCAUCGGGCUGGGGAACUUCUGGUCAUGCUAAACAUGAGCCAGUUCACUGAAUUGAGUGGAGUGUCCUUACUUUCCCCACAUGAAGUCUUCAUGGAACAUCACAAGCAGUGGUCACGUGUGCUCGGGUAGCAGAGCCAGAAGCUGGCUGGCUGGCUGGCUGGCUGGCAAUUGGCAGGAGAGCUCCACAGAGGAGAGCAGAGGUGUCUAUGGAGAGCUGCAAGAGGCACAAGAGGCACACACCUUUUGGGUGAAACUGAUUCGCCGCUGCUUCUUUCCCUGGACCAGAUGUAACUUAUAAGGAAACUUUCCAUGAGAGCAGAGAGCUUGUUUCUUUUUAUAGUUCCACUUUUUUCUCCCCAUUUUCAGAUGAAUGUUUGGUAGAGGCUAGCAUUUAAUUAAGGAUUUUCCUUCAUCAUCAUAACAUUAUUUAAUACUCUGUAGUUUGUACAUGAGUUUCUGUAUGCUUUAAUUCUAUAGCAGGCCAUUCUGAAGCAAUGAGCAAUCAAGAAUGCUCAGGAGGGUCCUUUUAAAGAGAUAAAUAUUGGUAUUUAAUGUAAGAAACUAUCAGGUGAUGGAUGAUGUAAAGCCAUUUCUUCUCAAAUGUUUGUGAAUGCCAUAAGUACAAUUUUGCUUCACAAGUCAAGGAUGGCAAAAUUGAUUUGUGUUUUAAAACCUGAAGCUGAUGAGCAUUUGAACCCUAAAAAUGUGCUGUAUUAAUGCACAAUCAUAAGCUAAUUUUCAAAAGGAAAUGAAAAUUAAAAGCAUAAAACAUGA